CGGGAGCGGGUCGGGAGCGGGGUGGGGAAGGGUUCGGAGCGGGCAGCACGGAGCCGGCGAGGCGAGGGGCUGCGCGGUGCGGUGAUGGAGCUGCUGCGGACCAUCGCCUACCCGCCGGGAGGCGGUGGCGGAGCCUCCAAGGGCUGCGAGGCGGCGAUGGGCAGGGGCGGCGGCGGCGAGUCACGGAGGAAAAAGGCUGAGGAGCAGCCCCACCAGCACCCGCACCCCGCCGCGGAGGUUUCCCGGAUUAUUACCGACCCCACGACGGGGAAGCGCUACUGCCGCGGGAAGGUGCUCGGAAAGGGUGGAUUCGCAAAGUGUUAUGAGAUGACAGAUUUGACAACAAAUAAAGUUUAUGCUGCAAAAAUCAUUCCUCACAGCAGAGUAGCAAAACCUCAUCAAAGGGAAAAGAUUGAUAAAGAGAUUGAGCUGCACAGAAUGCUUAAUCAUAGACAUGUUGUGCAGUUUUACCACUACUUUGAAGACAAAGAGAAUAUUUACAUUCUUCUGGAGUACUGCAGUAGAAGGUCCAUGGCUCACAUCUUAAAAGCGAGGAAGGUAUUGACAGAACCAGAAGUGCGAUACUACCUCAGGCAAAUUGUGUCAGGGCUAAAGUAUCUUCAUGAACAGGAAAUCUUGCACAGGGAUCUUAAACUAGGUAACUUCUUCAUUAAUGAGAACAUGGAACUGAAACUGGGUGACUUUGGCUUGGCAGCUCGUCUGGAACCACUGGAGCACAGGAGGAGAACAAUAUGUGGCACACCAAAUUACCUCUCUCCAGAAGUCCUCAACAAACAAGGUCAUGGCUGUGAAUCUGACAUCUGGGCCUUAGGCUGUGUAAUGUAUACAAUGCUGUUGGGAAGACCCCCAUUUGAGACCACAAAUCUUAAAGAGACAUACAGAUGUAUAAGGGAAGCAAGAUACAGUCUGCCUUCAUCUCUCUUGGCACCUGCAAAACACCUAAUAGCUAGUAUGUUGUCAAAGAAUCCUGAAGACCGGCCCAGUUUAGAUGAAAUAAUUCGACAUGAUUUUUUUGUACAGGGCUUUACACCUGACAGACUUUCUGCUAGCUGUUGUCACACCGUUCCUGACUUCCAUUUGUCAAGUCCUGCUAAAAAUUUCUUCAAAAAAGCAGCUGCUGCUCUCUUUGGUGGUAAAAAGGAUAAAGCUAGAUACUUUGACACACACAAUAGACUAGCUAAAGAAGAUGAAGAAAUUUACAAGCUCAGGCAUGAUUUGAAGAAAACAUCAAUAACCCAGCAGCCCCACAAACACAGAACAGAUGAGGAGAUCCAGCCUCUUAUCACAACAGUAGCCAAGCCAGGAGCGUUACCAGAAACUAAGCAGGUUGGAGACUCUAUUCGGAUGAUAGUCAGAGGAACCUUGGGAAGCUGCAGCAGUAGCAGUGAAUGCCUGGAAGACAGUACUAUGGGAAGUGUUGCGGAUACAGUCGCAAGGGUUUUGCGUGGAUGUCUGGAGAACAUGCCAGAAGCAGAUAGCAUUCCCAAAGAACAGCUGACGGCAUCCUUCCAGUGGGUUACAAAAUGGGUGGACUAUUCUAACAAAUAUGGCUUUGGCUACCAGCUGUCAGAUCACACUGUUGGUGUCCUUUUCAACAAUGGGGCACAUAUGAGCCUUCUGCCAGAUAAAAAGACAGUCCACUACUAUGCUGAGCUAGGCCAAUGCUCCAUCUUCUCAGCUGCAGAGGCUCCCGAGCAGUUCAUUAGCCAAGUAACUGUACUGAAGUAUUUCUCUCACUACAUGGAAGAGAACCUCAUGGAUGGAGGUGAUCUGCCCAGCCUAACAGAUGUACGCAGGCCCAGGCUUUACCUCUUACAGUGGCUUAAAUCUGACAAAGCGUUGAUGAUGCUCUUCAAUGAUGGCACAUUUCAAGUGAACUUCUAUCAUGAUCACACGAAAAUCAUCAUUUGCAAUCAGAGUGAGGAGUAUCUCCUUACCUACAUCAAUGAAGACAGGAUAUCCACAACGUUUCGCCUGACAACUCUUCUGGUUUCUGGAUGCUCGCUGGAACUAAAACACAGAAUGGAAUAUGCUCUGAACAUGCUGCUGCAGCGAUGUAACUGAAGGGACUGACUCUUAAACCAAAUGGACAUUCUUGUUCACUGUGAAACUUACAGUGGGGAUAGUGGAGCAACUAGUAUGUUGAUGAUGGAUGUGUGGUGGUACGAAAAACUUGACUGUCAUAGUGUGCUGGGCACACUUCUGUUAGACAGAAGCCUAAAUCUACUGUUGGACUAAAAUGGUGUGACAAGGAGUUCUUCGGACCAUAGUUUUCCUUGCUUUGUGUGUGUUAAAGAUACUUUUGACAUGAAUUCUGAGCAGAGUGUGACUACUUGCUCCUGUGUAAGAGAGCAUUUCUGAUGGAGUUAAACUGUGAAUAUGCAUCUGGAAAGGGAGGGAAGGGUGAGCUCCAUUGCUGUGGAAUAGCUGUUACAAGCAACAAGCAGCUUCUAGCUGCUUGACUGUGAACUAUGGCCAUACUUUUUUUUCACCCCCUUAUUUUUCAAAAACUACCCACACUUGUGGCUGGCAAAGUGCAUUCCUUGUUAAUAAUUUUUUUAUUUAUUACAGCCUAAAGUGAAGUAUUUAUUACACAACAUUUUUUUGGACCUUGGCAUUUUAAAUAUAAUUCUGUUGGCAAUAAAGAUAAUGGAAAAUCUGAA